UGAAGCUUGAAGCUUCAAGCUUCAUAUCUACCUACCUGGCAGCCUGGUUCGGGCUAGUUUCAUCUUGCGAUCCUCAAUAAAGGUUUGAUGGUAAACAAAUAACAAACCCGACAGUAUGCCGUCUCCAGGAUAUCAAGUUGCCGCCGAUCCAGAUGUACUGGAGGCUCUUACGACUACCCAUACCCCUUGGCCAGGCUAUGAGGGGAACCUUGAUUUAUUGCGACGACAGGGAGCUGUUGAGAAGACGAUGUUCCAGGACAACGCAACUAUCGAUUUUGACAAGAUACCCUCAGUCCAGUUCUGGGCCCCUCUGGUCGGUUAUAACAAGAAACAUCAUGUCAGAUACGUUGUUGUUUCGGUCAUGGAGGUAGCCGAAGCUGCCAGGCGCCCUUUGACUCCUCAGGAAAUUGAUAUUACGAGCGAGUUCGCUGCCUUAUCUUCUAGAUGGUAUCCUUUGUGUAACCUUAGCGCCGUUGCUACCGCUGGUUCCCUCAGUACGUUUGGUGCGCGGGAUUUUAGAUUCCCCUUUUAUACGCCUUCUCCUAAGACCUUCGACCCAUACGUGUUCCCUAAAAAAACAUACCCUCUCCUCAAAGGCGCAAAGGCCACCUUUGCCUGGCACACUCUUCGAUGUAGUCUUUACUUUGCUGCAUCUUAUGCGGCAUUCAUCCCGCUCGCCUCGUCGUUGGCAGCUGGGUCAUUUGAAGCACGUAUACGAAGAGAUCCGCGCCUAGAAGAUCUGCGAGGAUCCAUACGGGAGCACAUGCUACAAGUACGUGCUAUGAUAACCAAGUCGCUGCAAGGGCCUGGCAUGGGUUUCCCUCAGCGCCCGCAAGAGCGCCCUUCUCAUCAAAUUCCACGUGCCCAAGAUGUCCCGAAGUCGGAAAACCAAGCGCGUUUAGAUCAUGGGCGCGAUACAUAUAAUGAGCAAACGGAUAACGGCUUCAACGAACCGGCUACUGACCCCAGCAAGGGUAUGACACCUACGCCUCAGCCUAGCUGGUCUCAAAAUCCUCGAUCUCCGGUACCACCUAACAAUACUCAAGACACAAAGUUCCCAGAUCCAGGCUCGCGGUACGUUGACGACUCAGAUCCGUUCGAUGAUGAUGACGGUUCGCCGGUUCCAGCAUCAGUGAGGAGAGCCGAGGCACAGCGGUCUCGCAGUAUUCAAGGGGGUUCUACGUGGGAUCGCAUCAGGCAACAGUCACAAUCGACCAAUUCCUCGGGACGGCAGGGCGCGUGGUCCCACUUACGACAGGACAAGGCGCCAAAUCCCCGAGAAACCCAGCCGAACAAAGAAGGCUUCGCAUAUACGAAGCAAGACGAGGACAAGGAAACACGGAACUACGAGAGAGAGCAAGCUCAAAAGGAGUUCGAUGCUCUCCUUGAGGCCGAGCGACAUGGUAGAUCGAAUAGACGGUAGGAUGGAUGGCAUUGGGGCUGCACGGGUUCAAACAUUAACAUGUAACCCUAGAACCAACACGGAUGGCGUAAAGGAACCAAAGGACCUGUUUCAUAUCUGUUAUGUAGGCACUGGAAAAGAUAACCAGGGUAUCCAGCCUAUUUCCUUUCCGACUUUGAUGCAUGAAGUUUGCGAGUACUAUAUCAAUGGCUACCUAUCCGUAAAUAUCUGUGGACAUUCCAUCUAUGCUAAUAUGCUUAAUUGGAUGUCACUUCACUAUUUAAAUGGAUUGUUUAUCUCAGAAUCCAAAUAGGUACACCUACUCCAACGUUCUGUACUAGGU